ACGGGAGCGUGCGCGUUGGGUGACGGAGGUGGACGCGGUGCCGCAGCGCCGGUGAGAGCGGCUCUCAGUUUGCGGAACCGAUGGGGCGCCCUGCACCAUGACACCCGGUAACCUUUCCCCCUCUGUCAGACUCGCCGUCUGCGUCGUUGCUUCCGCCGCCGUUUUGUUCUCCGUCUGCGGGCUGGAGCACUGACGGGGCGCAAAUGUCCCAUCUGCUGCAUGUGGCGGCCGGGGUGAAAUGGACCAAGUCCCGGGCCGCCCGGAGAGCCGUCUUCCUGCUCCUCGCCGCCUACGGUGUCAGGCGGCUGUACCCGCUCCUCUGUCAUCAGCUCCACGGCAAAGCUCAGCCCGAAACCCCGGCUCCCCGCCAUUCCCGCAGCCACUGCCCUGCCAAGAAAUCUCCAGCUGUCGACGCGGACUUCUUGCAGCAGCUGAUCGGUCUCGGGAAAAUCCUCUUCCCCAAACUGGUCACCAAGGAGCUGGGCUUGCUCUGCCUGCACUCGGUGGCUCUGAUUUCCAGGACCUUCCUGUCGAUUUACGUGGCCGGCUUGGAUGGGAAGAUCGUGAAGUCUAUCGUUGAGAAGAAGCCGAGGAGCUUUGUGCUGAAACUGGUCAAAUGGCUCCUGGUGGCCAUCCCGGCCACCUUCGUCAACAGCGUUAUCCGCUAUCUGGAAUGCAAGCUGGCCCUGGCAUUUCGCACCCGCCUGGUCGAUCACGCCUAUCGAACCUACUUCACCGAUCAGACUUACUACAAGGUCAGCAACAUGGACGGACGGCUGGAGAACCCCGACCAGUCGCUGACAGAGGAUAUCAUGAUGUUUGCUCAGUCCAUCGCACACUUGUAUUCCAACCUGACCAAACCCAUCUUGGACGUAAUGCUGACUUCCUACACCCUGAUCCAGACCGCGGCCUCGCGGGGAGCAAACCCCACGGGACCCACGCUGUUAGCCGGGCUUGUCGUUUAUGCCACCGCCAGGGUAUUACGAGCCUUCUCUCCAAGGUUUGGCAAGCUGGUGGCCGAAGAAGCCCAGAGGAAGGGAUACUUGAGAUACAUCCAUUCACGUAUUAUAGCCAAUGCAGAAGAGAUUGCUUUUUACAGGGGACACAGGGUGGAAAUGAACCAGCUACAGAGAAGUUACAAGUCACUUGCUGCCCAGAUGAAUCUUAUUUUAUCCAAGAGACUUUGGUACAUUAUGUUGGAGCAGUUUCUAAUGAAGUAUGUGUGGAGUGGGAGUGGAUUAGUGAUGGUGGCACUACCGAUCAUCACGGCGACAGGUUUUGCAGACAAUGAGUCAGAAGAUGGACACAAGCAAGUAAGUUUGGUUAGUGAACGAACUGAAGCUUUCACCACAGCACGUAAUCUGCUGGCUGCUGGAGCUGAUGCUAUUGAAAGAAUUAUGUCUUCAUACAAAGAGAUCACUGAAUUGGCAGGCUACACAGCCAGAGUGCACAACUUAUUUUCUGUUUUUGAAGAAGUUCAGAGAGGAAUAUACAAGAGGUCCACAAUCAAUCAAGAAAUGGAAACUGACUGCACCAAAGUAGCUAAACAUGGAUUCCACAUUGAAGUUCCUUCAGAACAAAAAGGACAAGUUAUUGACGUUGAUGUAGGAAUUAUUUGUGAAAAUGUCCCAAUUAUUACCCCAAAUGGAGAGGUUGUCAUUUCCAGUUUAAACUUUAAGGUUGAUGAAGGUAUGCAUCUCCUUAUUACUGGCCCAAAUGGCUGUGGAAAAAGUUCUUUAUUCAGGAUAUUGAGUGGUUUAUGGCCAGUGUAUGGAGGAGUAUUGUAUAAACCACCACCUCAGCACAUGUUUUAUAUUCCACAAAGACCUUACAUGUCUGUUGGAACUCUGAGAGAUCAGGUUAUCUACCCAGACUCCGUGGAAGAGAUGAGUGAGAAAGAGUGCACAGAUCUGGACCUGGAGCAUAUCCUAGAUAUUGUUCACCUGAAGCACAUUGUACAGAGAGAGGGAGGAUGGGAUGCAGUUACUGACUGGAAGGAUGUCCUGUCUGGAGGUGAGAAACAACGGAUGGGCAUGGCACGCAUGUUUUAUCACAGACCAAAAUAUGCACUGCUGGAUGAAUGCACAAGUGCUGUGAGCAUUGACGUUGAAGGCAAGAUAUUUCAAACUGCAAAGAAUUUUGGGAUCUCAUUGCUUUCCAUUACUCACAGGCCAUCUCUAUGGAAAUACCACACACACUUGUUACAAUUUGAUGGGGAGGGUGGCUGGCGAUUUGAGCAAUUGGACAUUGCUACUCGACUUUCACUGGCUGAAGAAAAGCAGAGACUUGAGUCUCAACUGGCUGGAGUGCCUCAAAUGCAGCAACGACUGAAUGAACUGUGCAGAGUUUUGGGAGAAGAUUCUGUACUAAGAACCACUGAAAUUGAAGAAUAGUGACACUGAAAAUGAAUGUGAAUAACAUGACAAAAAGAUUUACAAAUGAAUUGCAUGAGACAAACAAACUAAAUAAAACAAUCUCCUAUUUAUUAAGGAUCAAUAACUAGUUUCUUCCAGUACAACAAAUAACCUUAUAUUUCCUUUGAAAUACUGUGAUGUGUUAACUCUCUUUUUACAGGUUUAUGUUACUGCAUUGUUAGAAUUUAGUUAAUUUAAAGACAUUUUCUUAAAAAUAUUAUGAAUGUUAUGAGGAGACUAAAAUUUAUAUUCUGCCAGGUAUUGUUCCCAUUCUUUAAAUGCAAUUAAAGGUUCUGCAUCAAUUGUUUGAACAAAAAUAUCAUGAAGUAUCAUCUGGUACAGCAAGUGGCCAGCUUAGAUUUUCAAAAGGAUGAUGUCACCUCAGCACUUGUUUAGCACUGUGCCCAGGAUGUUCCUUUAUAACUAAUAUACUUUUUCUAUUUUAAUUCUAAGAAUUCAGUGUUUGAGGAAAAGAGGAGAGGUUCUUCACUAUGUUUUUGAUUUUCAAAAAAUUGAAUAAAUGCAGAUCUCAACAGUAAAAGAUCAAGAACUCUAACCAUGUUUUAACAUGAAUAUCCAUUCCCUUUUUGCUCUUAUUACAGAACUGAAGUAAAUACAACUUCAUUUCUUGCAACUCCCAUCUGCCACUGUAUGCUUUCUCUGAUUCUUGGUAUUUCAAAAAAUAAGACUGUUUACCUUUAAUAUUAAUAACCACUAUAGUUUAUAUAAAACAUGGAUCUUUUGCUACAACAAAAGUAGUAUUAUUUGGACAUGUUUAUCUGCAUUUUACAAUGGGACAGUCUAAUAAUGGAGUUUAACUCCUCACAGAAUUUGUUUUCUCUCUGUAUUUAGUAUUCUUCACACUUGCACCUGGAAACCAAGUCUUUGUAUUAUUUCCUGUUCUUAAUUCUUUGAAGAAUGGAGCUACUGAAUUUCUUUGUUGCAUCCACUUUGAUUUGUUCAUUCCCCAUCAGGAUGGUGUAAUUGGUGAAUUUUACAACUAAUGAUUGGCCAACAGGACAUGGUGCAGGCUUUCUUUGCAUCUGUCCUGAUACAAAAAAACUGAGUGCAAAGUGUUCCAUCUAGAGUUUAUGAAACUUGUGCACAGAGGAAAAUUAUAGUUCAGAUGACAAUCAAAGCCAGUAUUUAAACCUGUAAGGAUAAAUGUCAGUCUAAAAUGUAUCAUUGGAGCUCCUGGGUGUCUUUUUCUAUUUGCUUUUAACAAAAACAUGUUGCUUUUGAAGUUGCAUUUUUAUUCAUUGUAUUAAAUCAUCAUUGGUCCAUUUUAACUUUUUGUGUUUAUGUAAGUGAGAUUGAAUUCUAAAUAAACAGGUCAUUUAUAUCGAUG